CUCCUGUCUUGGCCCUGCAGGACAGUCUAUGAGGCAACUCCAGCUUACCUACACUGACUUCUUCCCUGACUACUUCUCACUAGCUGAGAAGCCCCCAGCUGAAUUCUGCCUCUCCCCGGAUGGCAACACAGAGUCCAUCUCUAUCGACUUGCUGCAGAAGAAGGGUCUGGUGAAGGCAAUCAACACUGCUGUUGACCUGAUUGUGGCUCACUUUGGAACCAGCAGGGAUCCAAGGGUGAAGGCCAAACUUGGAAACAGCUCUGUGAGCCCCAAUGUGGGACAUCUCAUCCUGAAAUACCUGUGCCCAGCUGUCCGGGACAUCCUGAGUGAUGGGCUCAAGGCCUAUGUCCUAGACAUGAUCAUUGGCCAGAGGAGAAACAUCCCCUGGAACGUGGUGGAGGCGUCCACCCAACUAGGUAUGGAGGAUGUGUGGUGAUGCUUGUCACUCUGUGGUACUGCUGUGCUGUGGCUGGGAGGUGCUGGGGAAGGUCCAAAUUCUCCUAUAACAGGCCCUAGCAAUGAAAAAAAGCCCAGACAAA